AUGUUCGCUGGGGACAGGCGACGUGUCGUCCUUGGAGACUUCGGGUUCUGCAAGGGCAUAUUGAGUGGAGCUGCGAAGGCCGGCGACCCCGCGUACAUGGCCCCCGAGACACUCCUCUGCGGUGACAUGACCCAAGCAUCCGACGUCUGGAGCCUCGGGGCCAUCGCAUACGAGCUCGCCACCCUGAGGAAGCCGGACUUCCUAGAAGGUAAAGACCCAAAAGACGUCUUCGUUGACGGAUGGAGGCCAGACCUGAGCGGUGUCGCAGACGACCUCGCAAGGAGCGUCCUUGAAGGAAUGCUCGUCCUCGAUCCUGCCGAGAGGCCGACAGCCAGAAGGCUUGUCCGUCUACUUCUGAGGCUUGACAUCUCUGCUGAUGAACAGGAGGCCCAAGACACAAGGCUAAAGGAGGCGCGCGCAGCCUUUGCAGACGCCUUGAAUAGAGCCAACAACGAAACAGUAGCUCUUAGGAAGGACCCUCCUGAUCGAGCUACAAGAAUGGACAUCAUCAGGGAGCAGUGUGCUAUUGCCGCCAAGCUAUUCAGGGAAAUACAGGAGAUUAAGGCAGAGAUGGGCGAAACAGACGAGCCAGACGAAAGGGAGGAUUCAGAAGAGCCAGAGAAGAAGCACCUAAUAGAGGAGGACGACUCCACCGACCUCAUGAGGGCAGUCGAUAGAAACGACGUGGAGGCCGUGAAGGCCCUCAUACCACUCCAGGGGGGCACGAAGAUGAAGGGAUGCGCACUUGUAGGUGACUGGAAAAUAUACGAGGGAACUGCCCUGAUGAGAGCGGCGGUAUAUGGAUACACAGAGAUCGUGGGGCUGCUCGUGGAGAAAGAGAAGGGACUGAAAGAUAGCAACGGAUGGACGGCCCUCAUGUGGGCUGUGAAGAACGAUCACACAGAUUGUGUCAGGCUCCUCAUGAGAGAGAAGGACUUGAAGGGUUAUAAUGGAGGGACUGCCCUUGAAAUGGCUAAGUUAUGGAGAAACCAUGAGAUAGUCGCCCUCCUCUCAGAGUAA